AAAAAAAAAAAAAGUACACGUUAAUUGAUCACGAGGGGAGCCAACAAAUUACAAAAUUCAGGCGGGAAAUUGAGCGAGGGGGCGGGAAUUAAAAAUGCCCAAUAACAUCAUUUUAAAAAAGAAACAAACCCCUCUCUUCCAUUGUUUUCACUCUUUCUCAAGCCAUUUUGCACACAAAAUUGAAAGCUAAAAUGGGAAGGAAAGGGAAGAAAACUAGGGUUUCUCGUCAGGAAGAAGAAGAAAUUGAAUCCGAAGUGGAUGAAGAGAUGGAAUCCGAAGUAGAAGAAGAGGAACAGCAAGAACAUAUGACUCAAUCCUCUGCAAACGAGAAGAGUCUCUACGAGGUUCUUGGUGUUGAGAAGGCAGCAUCUCAGCAGGAAAUAAAGAAAGCGUACUAUAAGUUGGCCUUGAGACUCCAUCCUGAUAAAAAUCCUGGUGAUGAGGAUGCCAAGGAGAAAUUUCAGCUAUUGCAAAAGGUGAUAUCAAUUCUUGGUGAUGAGGAAAAAAGGGCAGUCUAUGAUCAGACUGGCUGUGUUGAUGAUGCUGAUCUUGCAGGGGAUGUUGUUCAGAAUUUGAAGGAUUUUUUCAGAAAUUUUUACAAAAAGGUCACUGAAGCUGAUAUUGAAGAGUUUGAAGCAAAUUAUAGAGGAUCUGAUUCAGAGAAGAAGGAUUUGAUUGACCUCUAUAAGGAGUGGCAGGGUAACAUGAGCAGGCUCUUCUGCUCAAUGCUUUGCUCUGAUCCUAAGCUCGAUUCACACCGAUUCAAGGACAUUCUGGAUGAGGCAAUAUCUGCAGGGGAAGUGAAGAGAACCAAAGCUUACCAGAAAUGGGCAAAACGAAUAUCUGAAACAAAACCGCCCACCAACCCUUUAAAAAGGAGGGAGAAGUCCAAAAAGGAGCCAGAAGCAGAUCUAUUUGCAAUCAUAUCUGAGCGCCAGAGUAAGAGGAAGAACCAGGUGACUUCCUUUCUCUCGUCCCUGGAGUCCAAAUAUGGCGGGAGCAAUGCAAGUUCAGAACCUACUGAAGAAGAAUUUGAAGCAAUACAGAAGAAAAUGGAAAGCCGCCGUAAGGGCUCCAAGAAGUCGAAUCAAAAGUAACUUCAUCGCGACAGUGUUUUAAAGUAGAACUUGUUUUUGUACAAAUGUUUUUUACUGUGAGCCCUAGAUGCAAAUGUCUUUGUUCUAGUUAUUUCAAUGAAUGGGAUUGCCCGGUGUGUGCAUUAAGGGCCCAUCUUGAUAACA